UUUAUAUACAAUUAUGGAAGCAUAAGGACAACAACCAAAAUAAAAAGAGACUUAACUCUUUCCUAAACAAAACAUUAUUUUUCAGUGAAGAGAAGAGAAAUUUAUAAACAGAAAAAAAAAAAAAAAAAAUGGGUAGAGGAAGAGUUGAACUUAAGAGAAUAGAAAAUAAAAUCAAUAGGCAAGUUACUUUUGCUAAGAGAAGAAAUGGUCUUCUUAAGAAAGCUUAUGAACUUUCUAUUCUUUGUGAUGCUGAAGUUGCCCUUAUCAUCUUCUCUAACAGAGGAAAGCUCUUUGAGUUUUGCAGUUCUUCUAGUAUGCUGAAAACAAUUGAAAAGUACCAAAGGUACAGUUACGGCGCUCUCGAAGAUGAUGGAAUUCUCAAUGCUUCUCAAUCUCAGGCAACCUACCAGGAAUAUUUGAAGAUAAAGACUAGGGUGGAGUUCCUGCAGAAAUCUGAAAGAAACUUGCUGGGAGAAGAUUUGGCUCCAUUGAACGUAAAGGAGCUAGAACAACUCGAGCACCAACUCGAAUUGUCUUUGAAGCAAAUUAGAUCCACUAAGGCUCAACAAAUGAUGGAUCAGAUAGCUGAUUUACGAAGAAGGGAACAUGCUUUAAUUGAAAACAACAAGAACUUGAUCAAGGAGUUGGAAGAACAUAGCUCCCAGUUCCCAGAACAAAUUGGAUGGGAAGGUGAUAAUCAUCAUCAUCAUCAUCAUCAUGCAGAUCAACAAAAUAUCCCAUUCAACCGCAUCAUAACUCAUCAAUCUGAUCAUUCAUUCUUUCAACCUCUUUCUUGCAGUCCUCCCCUGCAAAUUGGCUACCAUUCAGUGGGUUCAAGUGGAGUAAGUAUGGCAACAUCAAGCCAACAUGUUAAUGCAUACAAUUUUCAUGGUUGGAUGCUCUAAUUUGAGAUUACCAAUAAGAAUGCGUCGACUAUAUUAAAUUAAGACAGCAUAUAUAUCUAUAUAUAUAUAUAUAUAUAUUUAUAUUAUUUGAAGGUAAAUUUUGGGUGUUUAAUUUCUAUAGCUUGAUUAACUAAAAUAUAUAUAUGCACUAGAAAUUAAACCUUUUAUAAUUAAUUAUAAUUAGGGCAAAGUAAUAAGUUUGUCCUAUGUAUUGUAAUAAACAUCAACAAUGCAAAACACUCCUUAUGUAUCCUUUAUUGACUUAUCUCUAUUUGAAGCCAUGCCUAG